ACCCAGUUCUUAUAUAGUAUGAGUCCUACGAUAUAUGAAAUAAGGACGCCGAUUGGUUGUGUUAUAUACAAUCUUCCUUCCUAUUGGUCGAAUCUCGUGGGUCUUAUCGUAUUACUUGACUACCUACUUACGUGAUGUUGCCAUACCGUGAUGUUGGGUCUACCACAGAUUCAGUUUUCUGUGUUGCGUUGAAUUGAAUUGAAGUGAGAAAAUUUCCAUAUGUAUUUUUAUAAUUUAUUAAUUAGUCGACCUCAAUUAUCUUUGUAAUUAUAGUCAAAAUAUAUCAAUCUUAUAAUCAUAAUAAUAGAAAUAAUAGUUUACGUUUGGCAACAUUGGAAUUACGCCAUUAUGUAACUGAUUAUUUUUGUAUCUCGAAGAGUUCAUAAUGUCUUCCAAACUAUUUGGCGAAUAUUUUAAUACCUCUCCAACAAUUUGAUGCAAUGAGGAAGAAAUUUUUUCGAAAUCUUCGAAGUUUUUUCUUUGUUAGAAUUGUAUUUUCGCAGAACUCCGUAACUUUUAGAAGAUGGCGCUACGUAUGCAACAGGACUAUCAUACUAUCGGAGAUCCAGGCAGAUACCCGCUGAGGAUACUCAGGCAUGGUGAAAAAAAUUGUUUCCAAACAUAUAACCAUAACAUAUAUCUUGACGUGUCAAAAAUAAACUGUAAGGAAGAUUUUCUGCACUGUAUCGGUCUUCAAAGGAAACAAUCUCAGCGGAAAUAUAAAAUUAUAAACAGUGGCCGUGAAAUGAAAAGGAUUAAUAUUCCUAAUAGUGUAAUAUUGCGUGACUGCUCCAUUGUUAUCCUGGGGGUGGCAUGCGAACUAUGUGGAAAGUGUUUUAAAUGUGAAACUGACUUGAAUAUACACAUUUCGUUGAAACACAAGACAUAUGAAGAAAUUUAUAGCACAAAUAUAAAAAGAACCCAAUGGACGAGAAAUGAAAUCGAAGUAUGUGAAAAAUUAACCAAAUCUUUCAACAAUACGACGAUUGAGUCUACUGAAAAUUUUGGAAUAACGAAAGAACGCAAAAUGUUGUGUUUAACUUUGAAAAUAGGAGAGGAAGUUAUCGCCAAAAAAUUAAUGAAGCGAAAGUAUUUGAAAAAAGCAUUUGACGACAUGGAGAUUCAAAUCGAAUCGGGUUGUAAAACGAAAUUAAUUGCGGACAAAAAUGUGCGUGGAAGUACUGUUUCUUGUAUCGAUCCUGUUGUGUUCAAUAGUCGUUGCCAAUGUUGCAACCCGUCUGUGCACGCGAUACAAUGUUCGAAUCGAUAUUUGGCUAGCAAUAUUGUAGCAAGCGAGCAGGUGGUUCGUGAGAAAAUUAUAGCGCGAGAGAAAAUCGACGCUUCGAACAGGUUGAAGGAAUCAUGCGCAAUACCAGAGAAUAAAAACACGAGUGAUGUUACGAUUCAUGGCGCGCCGAAGACACCUUUUGUGUUAAAUAUGUCCUUUGUGACUGAAAACUGUAAUAUACACGAAGUGAGUGAUUCUGAAAAAUGCAAUUGGGAAUACGCUACUUCAACAUCUUCGAGUGAUACUUUAAUGCUUAAUGAACCGUGUCAUAAGCCGCAGUUCACUACGGCAUCAAACAGAAUUUUGAACUGUGAUAAGAAAAGUGAUAGUGUUACAUCUCUACCGAAUGAUACAUACACUCAACCGGUGAAUAUCAACACAGAAAACAUUACCGAACACACGAAACAAGAAGAUAACACAAAUCAAAAACACUUCACCUUAAACAAGAUGGACAAAUAUAUAUCGAAAAAUUUAGAGGAUGACUCCCAAACGAUACAUUUGAUACUGCCGUUAAUUAUGCCAAUAGUCGUGCCAAAUGCAAGUAUUCCAAGUUCACCAAUCAACGUUACAAUACGAGCAACAUCAACAGAGCAAAGGAAACAGCCGCAGCAAAGAGAACAGCUACAGCUUCAACAGGAGCCAGAGGAAAGUCAGGAACAAUCACAGCUAGAGCAACAACAAAAACAAAUUACGAAAGAUUCUACUAUCGAGGAUAAUUCCGACGAUGACGUACAAGAAGUAUUACGAAUUAUUCGAAGAAGUGAGGAGAUUAUCAAUCAAGAGUCGCCAACUCGGCUCGAGCGAGAGAUGUUAGUACAAGUUGCCAUUAAAGAUAUGAAGAGGAUGGAAGAGCUAGGGUUACAUUUACUAGAGAAGGUAAUCGACUGUACGAAGAAAAAGAAACGUUCGAAACCCAAUGGCAAGUCUAGCGACACGAAUGAUGAUUGUGCCAAAGAGAAGAAGAAGAGAAUUAUAACUGAAUCGAAUGGUGGUUGUAGAAAUCAGACCAAAGAAAAACACACUUCGGGCAUGAAGGAGCAUGUGAAAGUACAAGGUUACAAUAGCGUAGCGACGAUGGGUGUGCCUGAUAGCGUAAAGGAAAAUUUGAUGACAUACAAUGAGAAUAUAGAUAUAGCGGAAAUGAUACGACGAUAUGGCGCUAAUUAUUAUAAUGAAGCGUCCAAGAUACAUAACAACGCGCAGAGUGUUCAGGAACCUGUUAGCCGAUUCCUUGUCCCGUCUUCCGGCGGAAUGGAAAACAGGAGUAAUGGACCGAUUGUAAUAGAUUUAGUCAACGGCGCCGAUGAAUAGCAAUAGGAACAAUAGUUCCAAUGGAUGAUGAGCAUAGUUUUACAAAAUUUUGUUCGUUGUUACGAACGAAUAAUUCGUAAUCAGAAUUUGUUUUUUUGAAUAACACAUGAUGAAAGGAAAGUGUUGGAACAUUUGUCUGAUAUUGAUUGUUCAAUUUUUGUUAAUUUUUUUAAUAUAUUUUUUUAACACAGCUAAGCAAGUAUUAGCUUAUUGAAAGUUCAUUGUGUUCUAAAGAUAAACAGUGAUUUCACGUAAAUUUUCUAUAAUAUUACUGCUGCCAAAAUGUUACGAUGUCGCAAAGGAUAUAUAUGUUUGUGUUGUACAAAGUACAAGUGUUAUUUUGUGUUAAAUGCUGAACGUGGAAACAAGAUAUUUAUUUAAACAGGCAAGAUAUAUGUUUUGUAUUAUUAUUGAGAAGUAAUAUGCAGAUAAGUUAUGAGAUAAGAAUAUGAGCCAUUCGGAAACCAUAUUGAUCAACUGCGCUAAUUAUGGAAUAAGUGCAAUAAUAAUAAUACUAUUAAUAUUAAUCGUGCAAUUAAUAAAAAACAGAGUCAGUUAAUUUGAUUUCCGAGAUGCUCAUACAUGUAGGGUGUCCCAGUAGGAAACCGAAUAACUUUAUUAGUGUGUUUGAUAGAUCAUUCUGAAUAAGAAUGGUUCAUAUACAAUAUGGGUUUUAAUUCACUAGUUUUUGAAAUAAAUAAAAACUUGUAGAAGUGAAUCAAAACUUGUAGCGUAUAAUGAACCUUUUUUUUAUAGUGACUUAUAAAACAUAUAGGUAAAGUUUCCUUCUGGGACACCAAGACUUUUUUUCAAUAUAUAUAUAUACAUAAAUAUAUAA